UGGCGGGACGCGCGCUCCGUGCCGGCGCCGGCCUCGAGCCCGCGCUCCCCCCCCCCGCGUGCCCGCGCCGCUGCGCGAUGCAGUGUGGGGAAUGGCUGGGGUUGGCUGAAGAGCGCACAGUGGAGUUUUAAUGUCCGCCAUGUUGGCCAUGGCGUAUUGAAGAGAGCGAGCGAGAGAGGAGCGGAGCGGCACAGCCUCCCACCCUCCCGGCUGGUGUUAGUGCCCGGACGGCGGGCUCUGCGCUCCGCCCCUCAAGUCCCCGGCAGCGGUAGGCGAGUGGGGACCGAACCCCCGGUUCUCCAUGAUCCCGCUGGCCGGGGCCGUUUCCCCAGAGCGGAGAGGUAUCUGCUGCGCCUGAGAUGAGUAAACUGUCGUUUCGGGCGCGGGCGCUAGACGCCUCGAAGCCGCUGCCGGUUUUCCGCUGUGAGGAUCUGCCCGACCUGCACGAAUACGCCUCGAUAAACCGGGCCGUGCCGCAGAUGCCCACCGGAAUGGAGAAGGAAGAGGAGUCGGAACAUCAUCUUCAGCGGGCUAUUUCAGCACAGCAGGUGUAUGGCGAGAAGAGGGAUAACAUGGUCAUACCAGUCCCAGAGGCAGAAAGUAAUAUUGCUUACUAUGAAUCUAUAUAUCCUGGGGAAUUUAAGAUGCCAAAGCAGCUCAUUCACAUACAGCCUUUUAGUUUGGAUGCUGAACAGCCUGAUUAUGAUUUGGAUUCUGAAGAUGAAGUAUUUGUGAAUAAAUUAAAAAAGAAAAUGGACAUCUGCCCAUUGCAGUUUGAGGAAAUGAUUGACCGUCUAGAAAAAGGCAGUGGUCAACAGCCAGUCAGUCUGCAGGAAGCCAAACUACUACUAAAAGAAGAUGAUGAAUUAAUUAGAGAAGUUUAUGAAUACUGGAUCAAAAAGAGAAAAAACUGUCGAGGGCCAUCUCUUAUCCCAUCAGUAAAACAAGAAAAGCGAGAUGGUUCCAGCACAAAUGAUCCUUAUGUAGCUUUUAGAAGACGCACUGAAAAAAUGCAGACUCGAAAAAAUCGCAAAAAUGAUGAAGCCUCUUACGAAAAAAUGCUUAAGCUGCGUCGAGAUCUAAGUCGGGCUGUUACUAUUCUAGAAAUGAUAAAAAGAAGAGAAAAAAGUAAAAGGGAGCUAUUGCACUUAACACUGGAAAUUAUGGAAAAGAGGUAUAAUUUGGGUGACUACAAUGGAGAGAUCAUGUCUGAGGUUAUGGCACAGAGACAGCCAAUGAAACCUACUUAUGCCAUCCCCAUCAUCCCUAUUACUAACAGCAGUCAGUUUAAACAUCAGGAAGUAAUGGAUGUGAAGGAGUUUAAAGUUAAUAAGCAAGAUAAAACCGAUCUUAUCCGACCGAAACGGAAAUACGAAAAGAAGCCCAAAGUCUUACCAUCGUCUGCUGCUGCUACUCCUCAACAGACGAGUCCUGCUGCACUGCCAGUCUUUAAUGCUAAAGAUUUAAAUCAGUAUGACUUUCCCAGCUCAGAUGAAGAACCUCUCUCCCAGGUUUUGUCUGGCUCUUCAGAAGCUGAGGAAGAGAAUGAUCCUGAUGGUCCCUUUGCUUUCCGUAGGAAAGCAGGCUGUCAGUACUAUGCUCCUCACUUAGACCAAACUGGCAACUGGCCUUGGACUAGUCCUAAAGAUGGAGGAUUAGGGGAUGUGCGAUACAGAUACUGCUUAACUACUCUAACCGUACCCCAAAGGUGUAUUGGAUUUGCACGAAGACGGGUUGGGCGCGGUGGAAGGGUCUUACUGGACAGAGCUCAUUCAGAAUAUGACAGUUUGUUUCGCCAUCUGGAUUUGGAAAUGCUUUCCUCGCCACAACAUUCUCCAGUCAAUCAGUUUGCCAAUACCUCAGAAACAAAUACCUCGGACAAAUCUUUCUCUAAAGACCUCAGUCAGAUACUAGUCAAUAUCAAAUCAUGUAGAUGGCGGCAUUUUAGGCCUCGGACACCAUCCCUACAUGACAGUGACAAUGAUGAACUCUCCAGUAGAAAAUUAUAUAGGAGUAUAAAUCGAACAGGAACAGCACAACCUGGGACCCAGACAUGCAGUACCUCCACGCAAAGUAAAAGUAGCAGUGGUUCAGCACACUUUGCAUUUACAGCCGAACAAUACCAGCAACAUCAACAGCAACUGGCACUAAUGCAGAAACAGCAGCUUGCACAAAUUCAGCAACAGCAAGCAAAUAGUAAUUCCUCCACCAACACUUCACAGAACCUUGCAUCUAACCAGCAGAAAAGUGGCUUUCGCCUGAAUAUACAGGGUUUAGAAAGAACAUUUCAGGGUUUUGUUUCUAAGACUUUGGAUUCUGCUAGUGCUCAAUUUGCUGCUUCUGCUUUGAUGACAUCAGAACAACUGAUGGGAUUCAAGAUGAAGGAUGAUGUGGUGCUUGGAAUUGGGGUGAAUGGCGUCCUUCCAGCCUCAGGAGUAUACAAGGGCUUACACCUCAGUAGUACUACACCAACAGCACUUGUACAUACAAGUCCAUCAACAGCAGGUUCAACUUUGUUACAGCCUUCAAAUAUUACACAGACUUCAGGUUCCCACAGUGCACUGAGUCAUCAAGUAACUGCUGCCAAUUCUGCAACAACUCAGGUUCUGAUUGGGAACAAGAUUCGAUUAACUGUACCUUCAUCAGUUGCCCCUGUAAACGCUAUUGCCCCAAUAAAUGCACGACAUAUACCUAGGACUUUAAGUGCUGUUCCAUCAUCUGCCUUAAAGCUGGCUGCCGCAGCAAACUGUCAAGUUUCCAAGGUCCCAUCUUCAUCCUCUGUAGAUUCAGUUCCAAGGGAAAAUCAUGAAUCAGAAAAGCCAGCACUGAACAACAUAGCAGACAAUACAGUGGCAAUGGAGGUGACGUAGCUUCCUCAGGAGUGGAACUGCAGCCUGGGGACUUGAUUAGGUGCUAUGCAUCAGUAGCAUUUUGAAUGCAAGGGAUGAUGGAAUGCAGCACAUGCGUUUCUGUGGCAGCUGUGGGGACUUGACAGCAAUGCUCAUCUCUCAUGCUUCAAUUUUUCUUUUCUUACUGUUAAUAGGAAAAAAAAAUCAACAUCUGUAAAUUAAGAAUACAGCAAUUAUCUGUACAGUACUGCAUAUUUGUAAUACCCUUGUAUAUAUGUUACUUGAAUACAGAAAUGUUCAUUUGUGAUGCUUUGCACUUGGGGGUGGGGGGUGGGGGGAAAUAAAUUGCAACAAAGAGUGUGAGAUGUGAGAUUGUAUAGAGAUGAAGUGUCAUCACAUCAUGUGCAUGGUGCGGAACCUGCUGUUUUAUCUAUUUAUUGUGCCGUGUUUACAGUUUUUUGUACACUGUACCUUCAUUGGUUCCUGUGCUGUAGUAAAUGUGUUAGGUAGCUGUGGACUCCUUGGUAUUUUGUAAAUGGUAUAACAUAACUUGGUUCCCCUCUGGGUCCUUGAGUUUUCUGUGUAUCAUGUGAAAAAAAUGGUGACAUA